AUGAUGACCACACUUCGAUCAGAGAGAAUCACAAACAACCCAAGAAAGGCCUCAUCAAAAUCACCAGGAAGGUCAAGAGGGCUGCAUUCACGAAAUAGUACUGGUAGAGCAGCACAGCGGCAUCAUGCGGCAGUGAUCUCCUCGCCUGUAGCAGGAACAACAACAGCAAGAGCAAGAAAGUCGUCACCUCUGGUCUUAUCAUCUCCGUUAUUGUCAUCAUCUUUGGAUGUUGCUUCUGGUGACGAUUGGUCGCAAUAUUCUGGAGAUCAACAAUCCGAAGUAGAAUGUCUUUCGAGACUGAGGGAAUACUGCAAGCUCUUUCAGAUUCCAGCAUCGGAUUCGCUGAUAUUCAGGUUUGCAUGCUUUUAUGAUUUUGAUUACGAAGAAAUACGAAAGGCACUCAAGAAUAAGGAUUACACUAAUCCUUACUUGAGCUUUGACAAAAUGGAUGAUGCCAUGGUGAAACAGUUCCAGACGGGAAUGCUCAUCCCAUUACCAAAGAUGAGAACCAAGAAACAGAAGAGUCAGGUGAUAUAUGCCCGACCUGCUAGAUAUGUAAAAUCCCCCGAGGCGUUUGAUGACUUGUUGAAACAACUCUGUUUCUUAUUGAACGACCUUAGUCGAUCUGCGCAACAAUGCCGGCAUGGUGUAUCCUUACUGAUCAAUUUGAAAGGAUAUUCGAGGAAAAAUGUAGAUGUGGAAAACUCGAUACGCCUGGUCCAGUUGAUCCAAAGCCAUCUUGUCCCGACCAAGAUUGAAAUGGUCAUUUUUGUAGAUACGACCACGAUGAGCAGCAAAGUAUGGCAGAAUUCUAUAAGCCCACUACUCUCACCGGUAGAAGAAAAGAAGAUCCAUUUUGCCAAACAAGAUGAUCUUUUCAGAUAUCUGAUGCCCAGCUAUGAGAAAUUUUUACCAGACGAAAUGGCCGAGGGUUGGAAGAAUACUACCGAUCUUAUUGACAAUUAUGUGGAUCGAAAAAUUAGAAUAGAAAAGGAACAACGGGAACAGGAGCAGCAGGCGGAGCAGCAACAACCGGAACAGGAACAAUAG